GACGGAUACCAGAGGCGGUGCGCUGCAGUCACUUCUCACCAGCGUGUGUUCACUUUAAACUGCCAAAACGUCUUACGCAAUGAGAGGAGAUCGCGGCAGGGGUCGGGGCGGCCGAUUUGGCUCUCGGGGAGGUCUCAUCCAAGGGUACCGGCCCUUUGUCCCUCACAUACCAUUUGACUUCUAUGUUUGUGAGAUGGCCUUCCCUCGAGUGAAACCAGCCCCUGAUGAGACCGCUUUCAGUGAGUGCCUGCUGAAAAGGAACCAAGACCUCACUCCUUCCCCUACUGAACAGGCUUCAAUUUUGUCUCUGGUCACUAAGAUUAACAACGUCAUAGACAACCUUAUCGUUGCUCCUGGAAACUUUGAAGUGCAAAUUGAGGAAGUUCGGCAGGUGGGCUCCUAUAAAAAAGGCACUAUGAUGACAGGACACAAUGUAGCCGACCUCGUGGUUAUCUUGAAGAUCUUACCCACCUUGGAAGCUGUUGCUGCUUUGGGAAACAAAGUAGUGGAGACCCUGCGUACCCAGGACCCUUCUGAGGUGCUCUCCAUGCUGACCAAUGAGACCGGAUUUGAGAUCAGCUCUGCCGAUGCCACGGUGAAAAUUCUUAUCACCACAGUUCCACCCAAUUUGCGCAAACUGGAUCCAGAGCUUCACUUGGACAUCAAGGUUUUGCAAAGUGCUCUGGCUGCCAUUCGCCAUGCUCGCUGGUUUGAGGAGAACGCCUCUCAGUCGACCGUGAAAGUUCUGAUCCGCUUGCUAAAAGACCUACGAGUCCGAUUCCCUGGAUUUGAGCCUCUCACGCCCUGGAUUCUUGAUCUGUUGGGACAUUCUGCUGUUAUGAACAACCCAUCCAGGCAGCCAUUAGCACUCAAUGUUGCUUACAGGCGCUGUCUUCAGAUGCUCGCCGCAGGUCUUUUCCUGCCAGGCUCUGUUGGAAUCACUGAUCCAUGUGAGAGUGGAAACUUCCGCGUGCACACUGUCAUGACCUUGGAGCAGCAGGACAUGGUGUGCUUCACAGCCCAAACACUGGUGAGGGUGCUCUCUCAUGGAGGACACCGCAAGGUCUUGGGCCUUGAAGGAGAUGCUAGUUACCUCACCACCGAGAUGUCUACAUGGGAUGGAGUAAUUGUUACCCCAUCUGAAAAAGCCUAUGAGAAGCCCCCAGAGCGCAAGGAAGAGGAAGAUGAAGCUUUGGAGGAAGGAGGAGAGGGAGAAGAGGAAAGCAUGGAGACCCAUGAAUAAUUUGGCUUUUUUUAUUUUUUAUUUAAUGUUUUUAUCAAAGCUGUUUCUGAUAUCCACACAUUUUACCCUAAAUUCCCCAUUGCAUCUAAAUUGGUGUCUCCCCAGUACUGCACCUCUUACAAGUCUAUUUCAGUAAGUGGCUAACAAGCUAAAUCAAGGACCAAAAGGCAAUAACUGGCCCAUUUCUGUCUUUGUAUCCCAAACCAUGCUAAUACGGUCCUGUCCGUGGAGGGAAAUAGAAAUUUCCCUAAUGUUUUUUUUUUUCUUCUGUUGUUUGUAUGUUUUAUCGCUGAACAAUUAAAGUUUUUAUUUCCAAUUUUGUC